AUGGGAUGAAAAAAUCGAGAAGCAGCGAGCAGUUGGUUGAAGCGACAAUGCAGUCUGCAGGGCAGCUGGGCCAGAUGGAGUCGUUCGACGUUACUGAAAGCGACUGGACGGCAUACAAGGAGAGGUUGACAUCUUUUUUGAUUGUCAACAAGGUUCCCGACAGCGACAAGGUACACGCAUUCCUCAGCAUCAUCGGACCGCGUACGUAUGGGUUGCUGAAGUCUUUGGCUACGCCGGACCUGCCGUCGGAAAAAAGUUUCGAAGAACUGAAGAGCCUCUUGGAUGCACAUCUUGCCCCAAAGCCGUCCAUAAUCGGGGAGCGAGCGAAGUUUUACCGAAGAACACAGAGCGAAGGCGAGUCUCUGCCCGAAUAUGUUGCGGAACUUCGGAAGUUCGCCCAGAGUUGUCAGUUUGGAGCGAAUUUGGACGAAGCGCUGCGGGAUCGUUUCGUUUGUGGACUACUGCGAGAGGACGUGCAGCGAGUACUCUUUACCGAGGACGACAAACUGACGUUCCCGAAAGCAGUCGAGCGCGCCCUGGCAAUGGAAGCAGCCCGGAAAAAUGUCGCCGAGACUAGAUUCGGGGAGUCAAUGACCACACAGCAGCACCAAAUGGAGGGAGAAGGUAAUUAUGCCCCUGCUGAUCUGUACGAGGCGCAAGCGAUUGCCGGUAGGCAGCUACAGGCUUGUUAUCGCUGCGGUUCUCAGAGCCACACGCAUUCGCUAUGCCCGUACGUUAAGGAGACGUGCUAUAAGUGUGGAAAGAAAGGGCAUAUUCAAAGGGCCUGUCGCAGCAACAGGCAAUCUUUUGGCGGGCAUCAGCAGAAACGGAGUGUGAAAACGCUGAAAGUGGUGACGCAGGUGCCACCCAUGGGCGUUUCGGUACAAGUGUCUUCUUUUCGCACUCCUAUUUUUGUUGGACUAAAGAUAAAUGGAGCACUGGUGGAAAUGGAACUUGACACGGGAGCCGCGGUGUCUAUCAUGCCUUACAAGCAGUUCAAGCAGCAGGUCCCUUCAGCUAGCUGCGAACCAACCGACAUCGUCCUGCGCACUUAUACCGGAGCCCUCGUCCAACCUUGCGGCGUGGCGGUCGUCAGUGUGCAGCACGGCGAACAGACGGCGAAACUACCACUCUACCUCGUCGAUCAAGCAGGACCACCGCUGCUAGGGCGUGAAUGGCUGCACACAGUACGGCUAGACUGGAACCAGAUUUGGGGCCUCAACCACGUCUCAAGGGUACGAGCAUCGACACCUUCGGGAUGCUUCGAGUGGCGGCGCCACAAGAACCAGCUACUUCAAGGCACGGCAGGGCUUGCCGAAAACGCCGCGCAAGACGACGGUUUCUCCGUGUGGCCACAGAGCAACACCGAGCCGGAGCCAGCACCUUCAUUGCCUGCAGCUAGUGUUUCGCCUUCACCAACGACGUCGGUGACGGACACUUCUCGAGGCGACCAGGAUCGACGCUACCCAUUAAAGGGGUCAUGA